AUGACCAUCGAGAAUGAUUUGGUGGUAAAGUUCGGCUCUGCUGCCAAUAGUCAAGACACUAUAUCCACCUUACAGCACUACAUGAAGAUAUAUGAUCUUAGCGUGGAUGAUCUUUACAUCAAGUGGGAGCAGUUCUCUUAUCACAAUAAGGACAAAUAUGCUGCGAAUAGCUUCUCUGAACCGGUUCUACAUGAAUUCAAGAGCUAUAUGCAGCAGCAGAUGGAGAAAAAAGUGAGCGCAUCGAUUACUUCGAGCAGCUCAGUUACUCCCUCGAUCAAGAAGCCUAAGCUCCUGGUUCCAAAUGCGAAUUCACCAUCGAUGUUUGGAUUAGCUAUUCCAAAUACUCCCACUUUAAAGAAGCGUAGAAUUGAAACUGGUGGUACUCCAACAGAGGCGCCCAAAUCUAGUCCAUUAGGAAUAACUGAAUUACCUUUAUCGGCGACAAAAACACCAGCUAACCUAAAGGCCGCUACCGAGGCAGAUAAGUGUCUUGUUACACUUAAUGUAGACAACGUUCAGAAGAGCGAGGGUAUUGAUUUGGAAGAAGGUAGCUCUAAGGUCAAGAUAGCGCCCUUUUAUGAUGCUAAAAAGUACAAAUUCAGAACAAUGAGACAGAGUUUGCUGGAUACAGCCGAUGUGCUGGACGAACAAAUCGAUAUUUUCACUGAAGUUGUGCAGAAACAUUACAACUUAAAACCAUCUGAUAUCGGAGACCCUACUUAUCAGCAGCAAUCUGAAAUAUACACAGUGGGUAGAAUUGUGCCCGACGCUGUGAAUGCCGAUGGUCCAUUGAAUAUAGACUCGCUAGCUUUAGAGACAUCGAGAUCGACGGGUAUUGGUAGGAGAAUAAGGCUGAAUUUCGAAAAGCUGCAAGACGUAUCUGUUUUCCCAGGCCAAAUCAUUGCAUUAAGAGGUAAAAACGCAAACGGCGAAUACUUCGUCAUUGAAGAAAUCCUGAAGAUUCCAUAUCUGAACUCACCAGUAUCAGAUCCAGAAACAAUACAAGAUGCUCAAAUGAGUCUCGAUAACCGUUCAAUGAAAGUAGUUGUUACUUCAGGUCCAUACACGAGUGCAAAUGAUUUAGAUUAUACAAACCUACAAGAUUUUGUGACAAGAAUUAACACAACUAUCAAACCACAUGUACUAAUAAUGUUUGGCCCAUUUUUGGACAUCACUCAUAAAUUAGUAUCUACGGGUCAGAUCCCGGAAUUCAGUGGCUUAAAGCAACAGCCAAGAACUCUAGAUGAAAUUUUUGCCAAAGUGAUCGCUCCAAUACUGAAACAAAUCGAUAGUAGAAUCCAAGUGAUAUUGGUACCUUCAACCAAAGAUGUAGUCUCCAAACACGCUGCAUACCCACAAGACUCUCUGGAUAGAAGAUCAUUGAGCUUGCCUAAAAACUUUAAAUGCUUCACUAAUCCAAGUACAUUCCAAUUAAACGAAAUCUUCUUCGGAUGCUCAAACAACGAUAUUUAUAAAGACCUUAGAGAAGUGACAAAAGGUGGUAACGUUUUCCAAAGGAAUAGGUUUGACAGGGUUUCGGAACAUAUCUUAGAGCAACGAAGGUAUUAUCCCGUUUUCCCUGGCGGCAUAAAGACAAGAAAGAUAGAGGACAAGAAUGGAAAACCAGUAUUUGAACAUAUUUCAGGUGCUGAUCUUGACGUCCCGUAUUUAGGGCUAACAGAAUUCAUUGGUGAUAUCAUUCCUGAUGUGAUAUUGAUUCCAAGUGAACUAACUCAUUUUGCUAGAGUCGUUCAAAACGUCAUUAUGAUCAACCCGGGUGCGUUUGUAAGACCAAACGGUGGUCGUGGUACAUAUGUUGAGAUGUCAAUUGAGGCCCCAGAUAUGGAAAAUGAGAAAAUGACUAGAAUUGACGACGUUUAUUUACAUUGUCUUUGGAAGCGUUCAAGAAUUGAUAUUCUAACAGCAUGA